AUGUCUAAUACCACCGCAAAGCCGACAUUUCUCCUCGUUCAGGGUUCAUUCCAGAGCCCAGAUGUUUACCACAAGUUGACCCGGGCGUUGGCUGAAAAAGGGUACCCUGCCGUACAGCCUCGCCUUCCCAGUCUGACCAACCCGGAAGAAUUCGACAAAGGCUCAAAGAGUCUGACUGACGAUGCACUCGCCAUCAAGGCUGAACUUGAGAAAUUGGUUGAGCAGCAAAAACUCGAUGUGGUCGUCCUUAUGCAUUCAUACGGCGGGCUUGUGGGGAGCGAGGCAGUAACGCAGGACCUGACACGCGAUUGGCGCGUACAACAGGCCAAAAUGGGUGGGGUAACUCAUCUGUUCUUUUUCACCGCAUUCAUCCUCGAAGAGGGUCAGUCGGUACUGGACGUGUUUGGCGAAUCUCCGAAUAAUGAUAUCAAAUCGAAUGGCCGUUUCCGCGUUAAAGACGCCGGACGACUUCUCUAUGGCGACCUACCCGUAGAGGAGGCGCAGUAUUGGGAGUCAAGGAUCGUUGACCAAUCGUAUGCUGUCCAGGAAACUAAGUUGUCCAGAGCUGCUUACCGAUAUGUGCCAUCCACGUAUCUAAUUUGCGAGGAAGAUCAAGCGGUCCCAGCAGCAUACCAAAAGAUAUUUGCCCAAUUGGCCAACGCAACAACACUGAAAAUGAAGACGCGCCAUUCGCCCAUGCUAAGCAAGCCAAGCGAGCUUGCCGAUGUCAUUAUUGGGGCGUUGCAAGGAAACAGUUGA